AUGGAAGUAUGGUCAAACCAAUCAUUUACAAAUGGAUUCAUCCUCUUGGGUAUCUUUUCCCACAGCUGGACUGAUCUCAUCCUUUUCUCUGCAGUUAUGGUGUUCUUUAUGGUGGCCCUUUGUGGAAAUGUUCUCCUCAUCUUCCUCAUCUACAUAGAACCUCAACUUCAUACACCCAUGUACUUCUUUCUCAGCCAACUCUCCUUCAUGGACCUUAUGUUAGUCUGUAAUAUUGUGCCAAAGAUGGCAGUCAACUUCCUGUCUGGCAGGAAGUCCAUCUCUUUUGUGGGAUGUGGUGUACAAACUGGAAUUUUUGUCUCUCUUGUGGGAUCUGAAGGGCUAUUACUGGGACUCAUGGCUUAUGAUCGCUAUGUGGCCAUUAGCCACCCACUUCAUUAUCCCAUCCUCAUGAGUCAGAGGGUCUGUCUCCAGAUUGCUGGGAGUUCCUGGGUCUUUGGUAUACUAGACGGAAUAAUUCAGAUGGCAGCAGCCAUGAGCUUACCCUACUGUGGCUCAAGGAAUGUGGAUCACUUCUUCUGUGAGGUGCCAGCUUUACUGAAGCUGGUCUGUGCAGACACAUCCCUUUUUCACACCCUGCUGUUUGCUUGCUGUGUCUUCAUGCUGCUCCUUCCCUUCUCCAUUAUUGUGGCCUCUUAUGCUCACAUCCUGGGGGCUGUGCUCCAUAUGCACUCUGCUCAGGCCCAAAAAAAGGCUCUGGCAACAUGCUCUUCCCACCUGACAGCAGUCUCCUUCUUCUAUGGGGCAGCCAUGUUUAUCUACCUGAGGCCGAAGCGUUACCGGGCCCCUAGCCAUGACAAAGUGGUCUCUAUCUUCUACACAGUGUUUACUCCUAUGCUAAAUCCCCUCAUUUAUAGCUGGAGAAACAGGGAAGUGAUGGGUGCACUGAGAAGAGCACUGAACCAUUGCAGUGUUGGUACCCAGCGCUGA